AUGGAUAUAGUGCGCGACUCGCCCAUUGGCCAAAUUUUGCGGUGGAUCACAGGUAAUCGUGUCUUGCUCUAUCCGGAAGAACUUCCUGGAUUCAAUUUUCCUAUAAGUGAAGAAAAGACAAAACGACCUGUGGAGCAGAAGCAAAUCCUCGAGAAUGAUAGCACAACGACACGAAGGAACUCCUCAUCUGGAGACUCCUGCAAUCCACUACCGCAAACAGUUCAUGAUAUAUCUCACGGUCGGAGUACAGAAGAAACGCAUGUAGUUGAGUGGGAUGGACCAGAAGACCCAACGAAUCCAAGAAACUGGUCACCAUUGAGAAAGAAGAUCACUGCUGCCCAAAUAUGUUUGUAUACUUUUGUGGUGUACUGUGGGUCGGCGAUCUACGUGCCAACCGAGAGUCAAAUCAUGGAACAUUUCCACGUUAGUCAAACCGAGGCUUCGUUGGGAUUGGCGUUAUACGUUUUGGGAUAUGGCCUGGGACCACUGCUAUUUUCGCCCAUGAGUGAAGUCCCAGCCUACGGUCGGAAUGUUCCAUAUCUCAUAUCCUUUUUCAUUUUCGUUAUUCUUUGCAUUCCGACAGCUUUGGUUGAUAACUACCCAGGCCUGAUGAUCCUUCGCUUUCUUCAAGGCUUCUUCGGGAGUCCCUGUCUGGCAAGUGGUGGCGCCUCAAUGGGGGAUAUGUACAACGAAAUUUACGUUCCCUUGCUGUUGACCAGCUGGGUUGCAGCAGCAUACUGUGGUCCAGCUCUUGGUCCAGUUUUGUCAGCCUUUGCCAUCGUCAAAGAAGGAUGGAGAUGGGCAAUGUGGGAGAUCCUAUGGAUGAGUGGCCCCGUCUUUUGUAUCAUGCUCGUCUUCCUUCCUGAGACCUCCCCCGACACCAUUCUCCUACAUCGUGCGCAGCGACUGCGCAGAAUCACCGGCAACUCCAAUAUCUUCUCGCAAUCUGAAAUCGCAAGGGAUCAUCUAACAUUCGGUCAAGAGGUUCUAAUUUCUUUAGCCAAGCCUAUCGAGAUAAUGAUGAAAGACCCAGCCAUACUCUUCACCAACGUCUACACCUCCCUGGUAUACGGAAUCUAUUAUUCAUUCUUCGAAGCUUUUCCCUUGGUAUAUCCGAUCAUAUACGGAUUUAACCUUGGGAAGACUGCGCUUGUGUUCAUCGCCAUCGUCAUUGCAUGUGGAAUUGGAGUGACUAUCUAUAUCACUUACCUCUAUACUUACAUGAUGCCCGAUUUGAUCCAAAAUGGCCACCGCGCACCGGAACACCGCUUAGUUCCUGCAAUAUUUGCUUCUUUAACUGUGCCUGCGGGACUGUUCAUCUUUGCCUGGACUUCCAGGGACGACAUUAAUUGGAGUGUGAGUGCAGUUGGCAUUAUGAUAUAUGGAUCAUCGGUAUUCAUCAUCUUGCAAUGCAUUUUCGUCUACGUUCCCCUAGUCUAUCCAAAGUAUGCGGCUUCCUUGUUCGCCGGAAAUGAUUUUUCACGGUCUGCAUUUGCAUUUGCCUUUAUCCUAUUUGCGCGACCCAUGUUUCAGAACCUUGGUGUUGAUAAAGGUGUGACCGUGCUGGCUGGUUUGAGCAUUUUAGGAAUUAUCGGUAUGUUCUUUCUAUACUUUUAUGGUGCCAAGCUACGGGCUCGGUCGCAUUUUGCGGUGGCCUAA